CCCGACCGAUCUGCUCUGGGCUCGGCUUGGCUCGGCUCACGGCGUCCCGCUGCCGCCUCGGCCCGCCCGGGUGCUGCCCCGGGAGCGGGGCUCUCCUCCCCUCAGGCCUGGCGGUGGCAGCGGGGCCGCGCGGCGGAUGGGCCCCGCCCGGGCUGAGGAUGUCUGGAAGCUCCUCGGGAAGGCCGGCGGAGGUAACAGAUUGGUUGUCGCAUUCAUUUGAUGACUUCUUUGGAAACACAAAUACUUCUUCUAGUGCCAUUCCUGUGAAGACACUAGAAGGCAAUUCUGGAAGAAACCAGCAGCAUGAGAAGAAAGACCGGUCUUCUGUGCCAGAAAGUAGCAAACCCAAAGUUCAGCCCAGAAAAAGAGCAACGUUGUCUUCAGUAGAUCUGCCUUGUAACAAGUCCAGACAGAACUGGAGCCAGUCUCAAGAUGAGCCAUGGGUAGAUAGAUACAAACCUGAAUCUCAGGUGCAUGACUUUGCGGGUGUGGGGUACUGUGGUACCUUAGGGCUUCAAGGAGAAAGGACUCAGAUCUGUAGUAAACCUGUCUUCACUGGUUCUGCUCAUGGAACAGCUUUUUCACAGUGUGUUUCAAAGAAUGACCUUGCUGUGCAAAAGAAGAAAAUUGAAGAAGUUGAAACCUGGUUAAAAAUGCACGUAUUUCAGAGGCAGCCAAAGCAGGGUGGCUCUGUUUUACUGCUAACUGGUCCUUCUGGUUGUGGAAAGACUGCAACUAUACAAAUAUUAGCAAAAGAUCUUGGCAUUCAGGUGCAAGAAUGGAUCAAUCCAAUAUCUUUAGACUUUACAAAAGAAGACUUGAGAAAUAUGUUUGGCCAUGACUCAAAUUUUCAUACAUUUCCGAGUCAGGCUCAAGCAGCUCUCUUUCAAGAUUUUCUGUUAAGAGCCAAUAAGUAUAACAAACUUCAGAUGCUUGGGGACUCCUCAGAAAAUGAUAAAAAGCUUAUUCUUAUUGAAGACAUACCAAACCAAUUCUAUCGAGACCCUAGCAGUCUACAUGAAAUUCUCAGGAGAUUUGUUCGUACAAGCAGAUGUCCCCUUAUAUUUAUAAUCUCAGAUAACUUCAGUGGAGACAGCAACCAGAGGUUACUAUUCCCGAUGGAAAUUCUAGAGGAGUUCUGUAUAUCCAGUAUUAGUUUCAAGCCUGUUGCACCAACAAAUAUGAUGAAAGUUCUUAAUCGAAUAGCUGCAACAGAAGCUAGUAUGAACAGAGAAAAGAAUUAUGCUCUUGACAGAACUUCUCUGGAGUUGCUUUGCAGAGGUUGUUCAGGUGAUAUAAGAAGUGCAAUAAACAGUCUUCAGUUUUCUUCUAUGAAAGACUGCUCAUUGGAGAAAGAGUUUUGGUCAAGGAAGAAAAGGAGCUCUGUACUAAAAUGUGAAGUAGCAGCAGUAUCUAAAGUAAGAAAGAAAAGUAAAUCCGAUACUUCAGAAGACCAGGAGAUACAAGCUAUUGGUGGCAAAGAUGCUUCCAUAUUUCUUUUCCAUGCUCUGGGGAAAAUAAUUUACUGCAAAAGAGAACCAGUGUCAGAAUCAGAAUUUCCUCAGCUGCCUGCUCACUUAUCAGAACACCAUCGAGACACCUUGGUUAUUCAGCCUGAGGAUGUUGUGGAAAAAUCGCAUAUGUCUGGAAGCAUGUUUAAUUUAUACCUUCACCAGAACUAUGUAGACUUUUUUUCUGGUAUAGAUGAAGUAGUGAGAGCCAGUGAAUAUUUCAGCACUGCUGAUGUCCUUUGUAGUAAUUGGAGUUCACGACUUGUGAUGGAAGAAUACAGUGCAUCUGUGGCUACCCGAGGGGUAAUACAUUCAAAUACAUCCAGAGCCUUUGCCCACCACCAAGGAGGGAUGGGGUUCCGGCCUUUACAUAAACCCCAGUGGUUCUUUAUCAAUAAAAAGUAUCAAGAAAAUUGCCUUGCUGCAAAAUCUCUCUUUUCAAGCUUCUGUUUACCACCUGAGUGUCUUCAGACAGAGCUAUUGCCUUAUCUUGCUAUGUUAGCAAACCCCAUGAGAAAUCAAGCUCAGAUUGCUUUUAUCCAAGACGUUGGGAGGCUACCGCUGAAAAGACAUUUUGAGAGGUUAAAGCUUGAAACACUUACUGAUAAAGAUCCUGGGAUGCCAGACUUACUUGUUGGCUCUGAGGGGGACUGUGCUGAUGUGCAUGGUAUGGAGACAGCUGCAGAGAUGGAGAAAACCAGAAUGAAUGAGAAUGAAUCGGAUGGAUUCCCUCUCUCUUCUAGCCAGUGCAGUGGAAGUGAACUGCCCUGCAGUCAGCCUCAGCCUGUUGCAGGUCAAGCAAUCAUGGAGGAAGAUGAAUUAAACAUAGAGGAAUAUGAUAGUGACUGAGUACAACAAAAUAUCAACCACUGACUUGCCUGAAUAGAUUAAUAUGCCACAAAGGCCUUUGCUAAAGAGUACGGUCUGCACAAAAGUACUGCUUUAGCUACUUAGUCUAAUCAUGCUGUGUCAGCACCGAGACAGCUGUCCUCGGCUUCCUCUUAACUUUGCAGGAUCAGACCUGAGCUGAAUACUAAAUUACAAGCUAUUGCUUGCCUCUCCUGAGCCAUGAAAUAGUCUAUAUUCAUAAAAAGAGAAUAAUAAAUGACAAUUGGUUUGAAAGAGACUGUAGAUAAGCAGUGUCACUCUUAAGUUAUUACUAUUUUUUACACUUUCAGUUUACUUUGCAGUUGUACAGUGUGUUUCCUGAGUACAUAGUUGAUAGGUUAUCAGCAUUUGAAGGUUUUAUUAAAAUUCGUAUCUUCAAAAAAAUUGCUGUUUGGAAGCUUGGCCCUUCUGAAAGGAGACUGAAGUGCGCAUGUGAAAAGUUUGAUAUCCUAUACUGAUGGUGUAGAUAAAACUCCUACUGUAUUAAUACUGUUUGGUACUCUGCCACAGAUUUAUGUCAAGUUGAACAUAUGUUGUACAACAGAUUAUUUUGGAUUCCUAUUUGAAAGAUAUUUACAUAACUUAUGGAGGAGAAAAUAUAACAAGCAUAAGUC